AUGAGUGCAGUGACUCAUACGAGUGAAGCAUGUGUUUGGCUUUUGUUUUCAUAACGGGAAUAAAUGGUGUAGCCCAAAGCUUUAAGCAUUUCUUGGAAACAGUUUGAUUGGCUGGCUUUUAAAAACAGUAGCAUUAAAGUAUAUAUAUUGCUUUAAACAGAGCAUUCCUCUGCCUCUCUAUCAUUAAAAACAUGGCAUGGCACUUUAAUUACCCUAGUUAUAAUAAAACUUUUAAAAUUAUAAAGCACAGCAUAAAUCAAGGAAGUAAAGCCCCUUGCGGUUAAAGUAAUUGAGAGGCAGGGUUCAAAAAAAAGUUCAGGGGUCAUGUAGAUGAACUAUAAAAGUCUUUUGCCUGAAGAGAAAUAGAACAAGUCAGCCGCAAACCGCAGCGUGUUUUAGAUAUUUACUCAUGCAAAAGUGCUAUAAAAACACUGAAAGCACUAUUUUAACUUCUGAACAAACAACUCGGCACAGAAUGUUUUAAAGCAUUGGACACAGGCUUAUAUAAUUACAGCUCACAAUUUGGCAGAAAUGUACCAUCCAGUUGGAUGGUGGCUGGUGGAUUUAGUAAGCAAAUGAAGCAUGUACUCCUUCAAUUUUCUGUCAGAAAAAGAAGUUGAUUUUGUGACGUAACAUUUUCAUUUUCAAGUUUGUUUUAUUUUGCUGACAUGUAAUAAGGCAAUAGUCAGUAAUGGGCAGUAUUUACAAGGUGCUGACAGCAAUGCACAACUUUAAAAAUAACAUGCGGACGUUUGCUUAUGUCGUGCUGUUGCGAAUGAUUGCAUCAGUAGCACAGCAGACGUUUGAAGUGUCUCUAUAUUUACAUUUCUCUUUGUAUUGUAGAAUAUGCAUUUCUUUUAAAAGGUCUAAUGAUCUUAAACGUUGUUUGACGGAGUGGGUCGUCACUCGUGGAGUGGGUCAUCAUGGGUGUGUCACAUGUUUGCCAGCUUCAGUCUUCAGCGACAGCAUGCAGACAAAACAGUUUUAUAGCUAUCAUGUGGGACAGCGGGCCUCAAUGACCGUAUAUUCAUCUGCUGAAAGUCCCAGCGGUGAUGCCUGCAGACACUGCAGGAUCAAAAGGAUCAGUUUGUUCAGGUGAGGGGUCUGCGUGUGUGUGCUUUUUAGUUACUCAAGAGCCGCGACAAUAAAAACGGAGCACAAACAAUGUGUUUGCACAGUCAACCUGAAAAACACACAAGUCCCUAGUUAAAUACAACAAUUGGGAUUAAUGCACUCAUAAUAAAUCAGUAGACAGCUGUUUUCUUCCUUUUGUGUUUACAUUCUUUCUUCUUCAGUUAACUUAAAAAAAAAAAGACCAUAGCCGUUGGCCUCUUUUUUUCAUAUACAACAUAUAUGCACAUUUAUUUCACUGCUUUAACGUGACCAGUGGAAAGGAAACAUAUUGAAACAAAUAAAAUCCAAUCUAAAAACCUACUGCUCAUAUGCCCUUUUUAAUUAAAUUUUUUAUUUGAGUUCAGUUUAAUUUCACAUUCUGUUCUGUUUGGAUCAAGGCCUUCCUUUGAUUAAUCAAGUGUUUGACAAUAGCUCAAACACAAUUAGAGCUCAACCCUCUUUGUCUGUUCCAUCAAUCAACAUGUUGCCCACAGUCUAGUGAGCCUCCGGGGUCUUUUUUUUUUUUUUACUUGGAUUGGGCCCUCUGGAUAUUUCCAUUCAAGUCAAAGAGCAAGUUAAGUCAUCUGUAGUGUGUGUGUAUGUGUCUGUGUGUGUGUAUGUGUGUAAAGAUGAAAGAAUCAUACUCCUGCAUGUGUCAGCUAAAUGAGUCAGGCUACAUAGCUGACUGACCACUCCUGAUGAAAGAGAUUAUUUUUCCCUUUGAAAAACUAAUGGAUCCAGACUUUCUCUUUGCACUUUAAUUGACUUGAAACCACCAGCUGAUAGUAUCAGCUACUCCACCAGCUGAUACUAUCAGCUGGUGGAGUAUGCCCGAGGAACAGAAGAGUUAUUCCCACAAUCAAAGAAUUGUAAAGCAAAUCUGUAACCAGCUUGGGACUGAGUGAAGUGAUGAGAUAAGUUUUGUUGAGCACUGAGUUAUAUGUAAAGCAGCAGAGGCACUGAUCAACCUUAUCUGUGAUCUGCUUAGGAGGAUGUUGUGUGUGCAGUUAAUUGGUUACCAUCAGCAUAAGCAAAAUAAACCCGGUUUAUGUGUUUAAUAAUUUACAUUCACUUUACAUGGCUUCAAAUUAGGUUCACCAGCUGGGUCAAAUUUUAGUAAACUUGUAUUACCAGCAGGGGGCGCCAAAAUACAACAGUGAGAUUUCUGCCUGCCUACGUUCAUUUUCACUUUAACCCUCAAGUGACCAAGCUCUUUAUGUGAGUGGGCUGAUUUAUGGUUUACACACACACACACACACACACACACAAACAAAUAAACGAUCAUAGGUCUGUGAGCUAUGACUGCAAACAAUACAGUGUAGUGAAGAGAAACUGAAAAUUCCACUAAACAUUGAACAGAUACCUGUAAAAUUUUCAGGAGUAGACUGACAAAUUUGUGCUAUGCAGAAUGUUUAUGAAACAAAAUCACUAAAGCACAUUUCAUCUAGCCAGGAUGGUCACUUCAAGGUUAAAAGACUCAAAAACAAAUCUUUUUGUUGUUGUUGAAGAGCAUUGUUCAAGCAUGCGUGCUUUAAAUGCUGCUUCUUAAUAGACAAUUAAUUAUUCUUGUGAAAAGAAAGAUAAUUAUUUUCAAAAUCAUUAAAAAAACUCUAAUGAACCUUACACCCUUAUAAUAUCGUGUCAGUCCUCAUGGAUUCAGUUUACAGUCCUGAAUCAGGAAAAAUGUGUCACAUAUUACUGUCACUGUCACAUGACACCACCUGACCUUUACUGGAAGUGUUUUAGGAAGCCUGCACACAUAUGGUCAGACCCGGUGUCCCUCUGUCUUCUUCAUGCUGCUUUGAUGACACUCACAUGUAAACCUCUUGACCUGUAGCUGAGCCUCAUGUGACAUCACGUUGUUACACAGAGCUUGCAGAUCAUGCUCCUUUUCAGGAUGAAUGUGGAUAAAAUUCUUUUAUAGAGAUUUUCCCCUGAAUAUGUUACCUGUGUCACUUAAAAAAAUCUAUGUGCACAUGUGUAAACUAGGAGGUGAUACACUGAAAGUCUUGCUCUUUAUUUUCUUCUGGGGUUGAUGGUUGCGUUCAGUUUGAGGUUGGAGCUGCAGUUUCAGACUGGAACCUCUACGGGACGCCAUGCACCCAUCAUUGCACACAAAAAGGCGUUGCCCGUCUCCCGUGACUGUUUCCCUGCUUGUUAAGACAGCCGGUACCCUGGAGUCAAACUUAUGGAAGUUGUGCUUGCAGUGCCUGACUGUCAGUACGACUAUGCACGAGAAAAAUAAAAUGAAAUAUAAAUAAAUAAAUAAAUAAAUACAGCGGAAUUUCGGGAAACUCGUUUGUGUGGUGAAACACUGGCAGCUGAAGCACUCAGUACAUUUUGGUGUGGAUCAGGAUUGUUUUCUUCAAAAUUGCCAAAUAGUGCAUUGUCUUUGGCCCAGAAUGAGCUCCCCGAGUCUCUCCUUAUAAUAAAGCUUGCUAUGAUAUUUAAAACGUAAAUCCUGUAUUGUAGUAAAUGCUACUGUGCAUAUUUUGAAGUUAUUCAUAAGUAAUAAUGACUAUUCACCAGUAACAAUCCCCAGAGCCGCACGCACACAUUAGUGGUAACAGGCUGAUUGUGACUUGAGUGAUUUAUGCCUUUGUGAGUGGAUGGACGUACACUUUUAAUUGCCAAAAAUAACACGGCACGGUGCUUAAAUUCUCGAUUUGCUAUGUUAUAUAUUAAGGUAAAAAAUAAAAAAUGUAACAAAGCGCAUUUAGAAAAGAAAAAAAACGAUUUCGAAAAGUUGCCUUGCUUUAUUAAGUAAAAAAGACUUUUAAAAACUGUUAAAAUUGUGGUUUAUUGAGGUCUAACUAAUGUUUACGUUGCUUCUGUACUGCAGACAGAGUUGCUUACUGUGGGGCAAAUCCCCGCAGACUGGAAUCGCUGUUAUUGUGAUCGGCGACAAAAAAAUACAUAAACGAAAACGUGAAGAAAUCGAAAAGUGGGUGGAUUUAUGUGCCGGAUGACAUGGCAGGGUCAAACAUCAGUUAAGUGGUUAGAUCGGGUUUCAGCAUUUGUUUUUCUUUCCUUACAUAUUAAAGAAUAACACACUGAAGCUGUUCAACUGCUGAACACUAAAUAUGAAGUAUGAAAAUAAUGCGAUGGUGCGUUUUUACGCCCUUGGUCGGAGGCAUUUACAACUAAACACGGAAGACAAAACCAAAAACCAAGGUGUCCGAAAAUAGAAUCAGAUACACAAAUGCGAAGUAAAACACAUUCCUGCUGACACGAGAAAAAAAAAAAACUGCUCAGUUUUCCCGAGGGUUGACACUCAGAGAGAGAAAAAAUCAAAACGCUGCGCUCUGGUCGGCACGAAGCCAAUAGGUACAACGGGAAAUGGGAAAUCAGGGUGGGGGUUUUGGAGAGGGCUGGACUUCCAGGCAACCAAUGAGAAGGGCGAUCAAGGUGCCCGUUAGGAGGUUAUAUACUCCAAAGACUUACUAUGAAAGCUGUACAUUUAAACGGAACGGUGCGGCGUGCAUAGGCACGAGCGUAAGAAUUAGGAUACACACACAAACGCACUUCGGGCUGAACAACAACAUCAUUUAUCAACAUACCACCUCAGCAGGGAUCAGUCUAUCACUUUGGAUUCUUUUUUUUCCGGGGGAAAUUUGUUUUUGGAGAUGUCCCACGUCCAAUUAUCAACCACGCUAGAGAGGCUGGUGGCCAGGAAGACCUUCCCUCUCCAGAGGCGCACCGGAGUCUGCCGAAACCUCUUCGGACCGGUGGAUCACGAUGAGCUGAACCGGGAGAUGAAAGAAAAAUUGAGAGAGAUUUCCGAACGGGACCAACAGAGAUGGAACUUUAAUUUCGAGGCCAACACCCCGCUGGAUGGGGAUUACGAGUGGGAGGUGGUGACUGCGGAUAAGACCCCGGUGUUUUACCAGGACUCUGUGCAGGACGGCAAAAUCCGAGUGCCCGUGCAGUCACCCCCGGAUUCUGCUCUCCCGGAGAGCCCUCGUGCGGACGCACUGGAUCGUCUGGCCGUGCCAGAGAGCAGCAGCUCUCCUUGCGCGGGGGAGAUCAACCAGGAGAACCGCACAGACAAGAUCAACUCAGGGAAAGCGACCACCAGGCAGCUCCCGUGUGUCAGGCGCAAGAGGACGGCCGCUCCUGACAACAACACGCACAUCACAGACUUCUACGUGAAACGAAAGAGGCCUGCUGAUAUAAAACCGAGUGACAUGACCGCCUGUCUCCUCUCCAAGUCUCCAAUCCAGGUGGAACAAACUCCGCGGAAGAGGAUCCGCUGAAGGUGUUUUUUGUUCUUUUUGCACUAUUUUCCUGCGCAUUUUGAGGAUCACGGGAGACUGUUUCUCCACCACCCCGUCAACCGACCCACCCACCCAACCAACUGAAACGCAGGAGAGAGAGAAGAGGACGGUGUUGGGGGGACAAAGACGUCCGAACGGUCGGCUGUGGCUCGAUGCGCCCCGGCGGAGCGCAAUCCGAGCUCCUGACCAGGCUCAGGACUCCGAACGGUUUGGGGGUGGGGUGGGAGGGGGGGCAGGAGAAAAAGAAAAGCGAGAGAGGAGAUUUCUCCGAAUGACUUAUAUCCAGUACAAAUGUAGCAUUUCAUUGUUGCUUUUGCAUACAGCCACUCGACAGUGUUAAAUGUUUUAACAUCUGUGCAAUUCUAAAAAAAAAUUUCUUUAAAAGAAUCGUCUACACUGGCCAAAAGUGUACAGCUUUAUAGAGACAAUACCUUAUAAAUGUUUAUUUCUGUUCUCGUUUGUGUAUGCGUGCGUGUUUAUUAUUAUUUGUUUUCCUUUUGUUCGGUAAAAUGUAUAUUUUUUAAGUCUAUUCUAACUUAUAAUUUAUUUAUGUUCGUUCAUAUUUGAUAAAUGCCUUGUUGAUUUAGCCAAAGGGCAUAUUUUGUAAUUUUAAUUUUAUUAUUUACAUUUUUUUCUUUUGAAAUUUUGUGGGGUUUUGUUUUUGGUUUGUUGUUCUUAAUUUUCGCAAUCAUGUAGCUUCCUCAUAUUAGUCCCACACUUGAAAAAAAUAGUUUUCUUUGUAUCUCUGAGCCGGUUUAAUUUUGUAUGUAUUUUUUCUAUACAAGUGACCUAAUUAUGUCUUGCGAAUGACGUGAAUAAAAAUUUCUUUCUUCCACUUUAAUUUUAAA